AUGACUUACACCAUCACCGUUGUCCCCGCAUCGACUCAGGCCGGACGGGAAACCGUCAGGACCCUCCUCAAUGACGGCUCCAAUUCCAUUGUUCGUGGGAUCUAUCGCGACCCGACCAAGGCACCUCCCGAGUUCACCGCCAGCCCGAACUUCACCGCAGUCCAAGGCGACGUGUCCGCCAGCCCCCUGGACUUCACCGGUUCAGACGCCGUGUUCUACAUCCCUCCGCCUCCAUUUCACUCUGGCGAUGUCGACCUGGUCGAGUUCGCUACUAAUGCAGCCAACAACAUCAAAGAUGCCAUUGAGAAAGCGGGCUCGGUUAAGAGGCUUUUGGUGUUCUCAGCCUUGGGGGCAGAGAACGACCACGGUAUUGGCAUCCUCAAGAUCAACCACAUCUCCGACAAGAUCCUCCAGACCACCGCGCCGGAGGUAGCCAUCGUCAGGCCUGGCUACUUCGCGGAAAACUGGGCUGCGGCGUUUGAGACGGCCAAGGCUGAGCCGCCCGUGCUGUACUCACCCAUGACUCCGGUCGGCCAUAGAGUUCCGAUGGUGAGCCUCAUCGACAUCCGCGAAACCUGCGCUCGCAUCCUGUUCGACCUCGCAAACCCUUUGCCCCGGCGCACUCACGCCUUCGAGCUGUAUGGACCUCGGCACUACAGCACGGAGGACGUCCGAGACGCGGUCGAGGAGAUCACCGGCAAGAAGGUUGGUAUCGUGGCGAUCGAGGUGGACCAACUGGCGGGAUUCUACGCGCAGGAGGGCAUCCCCGUGGGUCUGGUGUCUCAGAUGGUGGAGUUCACGACUGCUGGGCUGCCGGGCGGGAUUAUGGAAGGCAAGUUUGGCGGGGAUGAGGAUACGGUUUGGGGCAAGGUCGAGCUGGUUGAUGCGCUGCGACACGUCAACAAGGCGUGA